AUGGAUGUGUCCAACGAUUGGAUGGAUACACCACAUCAUGAAAAAGAAUAUCAACUCGGUGUAGAAAAGUUUUUACACUUUGCUUUUUCAUCACCGGGAAUUCCUCAAGGGGAAGAAAUUCAAUGCCCAUGUGCAAAGUGUUGUAAUAGACUUUGGUUAAGGAGAGAUGUCGUGUAUGACCAUCUAAUAUGCGAUAGAUUCGUAAAAGGUUAUAGGCGGUGGUUUAAUCAUGGGGAAUCACUUGUUGCUAUGGAUGUUGACAGUGACACAGAUGAGGAAUAUAACUACAAUGAUAAUAUUGAUGAGUUGUUACGUGAUAGAUUCAGAGAUACUACACAAGUUGAUGGACAUAACAUGGGGCCUAACGAAGGUGCAAAAGAAUUUUAUAAAUUGGUAGACGAGGCAAGCCAAGAGCUAUACCCUGGAUGUAAAGGAUUCACAAGAUUAUCCUUUACCAUCCGUCUUUACUUGUUAAAAUGCUUGCACGGUUGGAGUAAUGCGUCGUUCACUUCUCUCUUAGAAUUAUUGAAAGAAGGAAUGCCACAUUUGAAUAUUCCUACUUCUUUUGAUAAAACGAAGAAUAUGGUGAAGAAUUUGGGUCUUGACUACCAAAAGAUCGAUGCAUGUCCCAAUGAUUGUAUGUUGUAUCAGAACGGGCAUGAGAAUGACUCAUCUUGCCAUGUCUGUGGAACAUCCCGUUAUAUUGAGCAUCAUGUAGAAGAGGACGAUGCUACCUCAUCUAAAAAGCCUCGUAAAGUUGCUGCAAAAACUCUAAGGCAUUUCCCCCUGAUUCCUAGACUUCAAAGGCUUUUUAUGUGCACAAGGACGGUUGAAGCUAUGUCUUGGCAUCAUAAUGAAUGUGUUAAAGAUGGGUCGUUAAGGCAUCCUGCCGAUGGUGAAUCUUGGAAAGCAUUUGAUAGUCGACAUGAAGAUUUUGCAAAGGAACCUCGUAAUGUAAGACUUCGCUUAGCAAGCGACGGAUUCAAUCCGUUUCGAACUUUGAGUAGUACACAUAGUACAUGGCCUGUUGUUCUGAUGGUGUAUAAUCUACCCCCUUGGAUGAGUAUGAAGCCUGAUUAUUUUAUGCUCUCUUUACUCAUUCCUGGCCCACAAUCACCUGGAAAUGAUAUUGAUAACUUUCUUCAACCACUAAUUGAAGAAUUAAAAGAAUUGUGGGAGUUAGGUGUCGAAACAUAUGAUUCCAAAGAGAACAAAACAUUCAACAUGAGAGCAUGUCUUUUAUGGACAAUUAACGACUUCCCUGCGUAUGCUAUGUUAUCUGGGUGGAGUACAAAGGGAAGAUUGGCUUGUCCAUGUUGUAAUGAUGAGACUUCUUCUAUAUAUCUGAAACAUAGCCACAAGACUGUUUAUAUGGAUCAUCGAAGGUUUUUACCCAUGAACCAUCUAUGGAGACAUAAUAAAAGAUCUUUCAAUGGGAAAACUGAACUUAGGUCUCCACCGCAGUUGUUAGAUGUAACAACUGUAUUUCAUAUAUUGCAAGGGGUAGAUAAUUCUUUUGGGAAGAAGCAAAGGAAAGCAAAGAAUGGCAUUUCAAAUUGGAAAAAGUGA